CCAGAUCACGACUCUGGGGCAGCAGUUACAGAUGAACCAGCACUGUGUGGACACGGCCUUUAACUUCUACAGAAUGGCCCUGAACAAAGGCCUGACCCGAGGCCGGAGGAGUCUGCAUGUGGCUGCUGCCUGCAUCUAUAUGGUGUGCAGAACCGAGGGGACGCCACACAUGCUUUUGGACCUCAGUGACUUGGUGCAGGUGAAUGUUUACGUUCUCGGGAAAACCUUCUUGACCCUGGCCAGAGAACUGUGCAUCAACGCUCCAGCUAUAGACCCGUGCUUGUACAUCCCACGAUUCGCUCAGAUGUUGGAGUUUGGGGAGAAGAAUCACGAGGUUUCCAUGACGGCACUGAGGCUGGUGCAGAGGAUGAAGAGGGACUGGAUGCACACGGGACGAAGGCCCUCAGGGCUCUGUGGAGCAGCUCUCCUGGUGGCAGCUCGAAUGUACGAAUUCAGAAGAACCAUCAAAGAAAUCGUGGAUGUGGUGAAAGUCUGUGAAACUACGCUCAGGAAAAGGCUGAAUGAGUUCGAAGACACGCCCACCAGUCACAUGACCAUCGAGGAGUUCAUGAAGCUGGACUUGGAUCAGGAGUGUGACCCUCCGUGUUUCACCGCCGGGAUCAGGAAGAAGAAAUAUCAGGGGCUGGCGAUCGAAUUGAAAAAGCAAAUGGAUGAUGAGAUUGAAGAUGAGAUCCAUGAAUUUGAGGAUGAAAUUGAUGCCGAGCUCCAAAACAGUCGACCCAAGCUCAAAGGGAUCUACGCUGCCUACACCAGGGAAGUGCCCGUGCAGGACUUGGAGGAGGCCAUGUUUGUCGCGACCAAAGUGGAUGAAGAGGAGGAAGACGAGCUGCAGGCCGUGGCUAAGCACUUUGGGAGGGAGCUGGAUGAACUGACCAUAGAGGCCCUGAGGAAGCUCGAGCAGCCCCUGGACAGCGCUCCGUGCGGGGAAGAGGAGGGAGCCCCGGAGAGGGUGGGGAACCAGGACCAGGAGGGCGUCCCCAAGAGAAACGCCCCGACGCUGGAGUACAUCCUGGGGCCGAUCCGCUCUACGGCUGCCCUGGGAUUGAGCCAGUCCAUCAGCCACUGCAUCACGGAGCACAAGGACAAAGACGCAGAGACUGACGGAGGAGAGCUGGACCUCAGCGGCAUCGAUGACGAGGAAAUAGAACUGUAUCUCCUGAAUGACAGAGAGAUCCAGAUUAAAACCGCUCUGUGGAUGGCAGAAAACUCAGACUACCUCAAAGAGCAGAGAGAAAAAGAAGCCAAAAUCGCCAAAGAGAAAGAGCUUGGCAUUUACAAAGAGAGAAAGCGUCGCGCUCCCGGCAGCAGGAAGAGAGACUCCAUAACCGCAAACUCCACCGGCGAGGCCAUCGGGAAAAUGUUGGAAGCGAAAAAGAUCUCGUCUAAAAUAAACUACGACGUUUUGAAAGAUCUGAACGUGAAACCGGGAUCGAGUCCGGCCACGGUGCAGGAGGAGCCCCAGAAAACACCCAAACUCACCCCGAGGGCCAAGAGAGCAGCUAGCCAACCGCUAACCCUCAGCACGCCGCUAAGCACUCUGGGAAAGAGACUGCAGCCCUUCAUCUCUGGACACAAACCUCCGCCCAAGAAGAAGGCCCUGGACCAGGGGACAGUAGAAGCGGGUCUCCCUCUCCCAGUGGCCGUCUCCUCUUCGAGUGGUGCCUUGGUGGAGAGCGGCCCUGUGGUGUACGAGGAGGAGCCAGAGGAAGAGGAGGAAGAAGAAGAGGAGGGGGGCUGUGUGAGCGCCAUGGAGCUGCUGGGAGCCACUGGUUAUGGAUCAGAUGUGGACGAUGACGACUACUAGCCUUUCCUCCCUCUCUCCUUUUUCCCUCUCUCCCUCACGUUUCUCCUCCUCCUUUCCUUCCUCCCCCUCUCGCCCCCUUCUCCUUUCCCUCUCGCCCCUUCUCCUCUCUUUCUCUCUCUCC